GCUGUCAAAAAAUUGUCAACGCCGUGAGCCGCCAUUUUGCGUGUGCUAUAAAUUGUUUUCAACUUUCUACGUUUAGUUUUUAUCGAUUGAAAUUGCAAGAUAUUUGUGAAUCAUGGGAGAGGAUAAAGAUCGUCGGCGUAGGUCGCGUUCUAGGGAAAGACGCCGAUCACGCUCACGAUCAAGGGAGCGCAGGGAGAAGCCAAGAAGAAGCAAAUCUCGGUCACCCUCCAAGCGUUCCCGUCGUCGCAAGCCUUCUCUGUACUGGGAUGUGCCGCCGCCAGGUUUCGAGCAUAUCACACCGUUGCAAUACAAAGCUAUGCAGGCCGCGGGACAAAUUCCUGCCAAUAUCGUCGCUGAUACCCCGCAAGCCGCCGUCCCGGUAGUGGGCUCUACUAUAACGAGACAAGCGCGCAGGUUGUACGUAGGAAACAUACCAUUUGGAGUGACAGAAGAGGAAACCAUGGAGUUCUUCAAUCAACAGAUGCAUCUGUCGGGCUUGGCGCAAGCUGCUGGCAAUCCAGUUCUCGCGUGUCAGAUAAACUUGGACAAAAACUUUGCAUUCCUUGAGUUCAGAUCUAUUGAUGAAACCACACAAGCCAUGGCCUUUGACGGCAUUAACUUUAAAGGGCAAAGUUUAAAAAUUCGACGACCACACGAUUACCAACCAAUGCCUGGCACAGAAAACCCAGCUAUUAAUGUUCCAGCUGGAGUCAUCAGCACUGUUGUCCCAGACUCACCACACAAAAUAUUUAUUGGAGGACUACCUAACUAUCUUAAUGAGGAUCAAGUGAAGGAACUAUUGAUGUCGUUUGGGCAACUCCGAGCUUUCAAUCUUGUGAAAGAUUCUUCUACUGGGCUCAGCAAAGGUUAUGCCUUUGCUGAAUAUGUGGAUAUAUCAAUGACUGAUCAGGCUAUAGCUGGUCUCAAUGGAAUGCAAUUGGGAGACAAGAAGUUGAUUGUACAAAGAGCCAGCAUUGGAGCCAAGAAUUCGACAUUAGCGGCGAUGACGGGUGUGACGCCGGUGACGCUGCAGGUGGCGGGUCUGACGCUGGCGGGCGCGGGGCCGGCGACGGAGGUGCUGUGCCUCCUCAACAUGGUCACACCCGACGAGCUGCGGGAUGAGGACGAGUACGAGGACAUAUUGGAGGACAUUAAGGACGAGUGUAACAAGUAUGGCUGUGUGCGCAGCAUAGAGAUCCCCAGACCUAUUGAAGGAGUUGAAGUACCAGGAUGUGGAAAGGUAUUCGUAGAGUUCAACAGCAUUGCAGAUUGUCAGAAAGCCCAGCAGACGCUCACAGGACGGAAGUUCAGCAACCGCGUCGUGGUCACGUCAUACUUCGACCCAGAUAAAUAUCACCGCAGAGAAUUUUAAAACUUCUUUAAAAAUGCACUCGUAAUAUCUCAACAAUAAUUCCAUAUUAUGUGACAGUGACAUACUAUCAUUUCAUUUAUAAUAUGUACUUUAAUGUAUUUUAAGACGAAAUAAACACAAGUAUAU